UGAGUAUCGCAAACACACCCCGAUAUGGAAACCAUAGCCUUCUUGUCACUCAUUCAUACUUCUUGAUCCCUUGAAUGGUGACACCUUUGUACAAUUGCUGGAGUCGCCGAAGCUUUUGAGUCCCUAGAGCAGCUACGCGAUGCUUUCACCGUGGCACACGCUAUGCGCCUUUAUCCUACUCCCGGCUUCCAUCACUGCUGUGACAUUGGAUUGUAGACACAUACGGAUCGACGAGAAGGACUUCGAUCUGUCAGAGCUCACAGGGCCAAAGACGGUACAUUGGCAGCAAUGGCAGCCGCCCAGUAUAUCCAAUCUUACCUUCACCAUCGACCUUUGUAAACCCCUCAAACGGUCCAAGGGUGCGGGCAGCGAUGAGUGUCCCACGGGGACAAGAGUGUGCGGAGUAGAAGAACUGUACAACAUCCCCGACAACCGAUCUGAGAUCAGCAAAGUGAUACCCAUUGCUGGCGAGUUCACGGCAAGCCAUGGCUUAUCGCUUGAUCCGGAAAUCACGAGGCUCAAGGAGAGUUCCAAUGCGGACCAAGAAGGGCUUAGGAUAGAGUUGCACGGUGGCAAGUACAUCGGCCAGACUCACAAGGCCAUCAUCGAACUCCACUGCAAUCGCAACAAGACUGGCAAUGAGUGUUGUGACGGCUCGGAUAAUGCAACAGACAUUGCAAGAUAUGGCGGCAUGAACCUGUUUGCGGACGAUAGCGAUGAUGACGGCGAUUAUCAAGAUCCUGUGCUGCCAGACCUUGACAAGGGCAAGAGUAUCCAGUUCGUCUCAUUCAAGGAAGAAAAGGAUGACAUCAAAGUCCUCCGCUUGACGUGGCAGACCAAGUACGCAUGCGAGGAUGCCGCAGACCUGCCAUCUGACGGAGACGGUGGCAAGAAGAGAGGCGGCUUGGGCUUCUUUUCGUGGUUUAUCAUCAUCGUGUUCUUGCUCGUUGCCGCUUACAUCAUUUUUGGCUCGUGGCUGAAUUACAACCGGUAUGGCGCACGGGGAUGGGAUCUGAUUCCGCACGGCGAUACAAUACGAGAUAUACCCUACAUUGUCAAGGAGUGGGCUGCGAACAUCAUAGAUCGAAUGAAAAGUGGAGGGUCUAGAGGAGGGUAUAGCGCUGUAUAGUCUUAUGAUCUG